AUGUCUGCGUUUGUGGCGAUAGCCGUUUUAGUUGGUUUUACGUCAUCAGGGGGAGUUUUUUUGUCAUCCUUUGUAUUUGCACGACCUUCAUUCCCAGCCUGUGUUGUAGUAUUACUGCCUUCAAAUUCAGGCAGUAAUACUACAACACAGGCUGGGAAUGAAGGUAGUGGCAAUAUAAAUGAUGAAAAAGAAACUCAUAAUGAUACAAAACCAACUGAAGCUGAAAGCUGUACGAAGAAAAAAAGUUGGUUCGGUAAUUUCCUUGGCAAACCUGAAUUUGAAGGCAGUAAUACUACAACACAGGCUGGGAAUGAAGGUCGUGCAAAUACAAAGGAUGACAAAAAAACUCCCCCUGAUGACGUAAAACCAACUAAAACUGAAAACUGUACGAAGAAAGAAGAAAAGGAAAUCCUCCCUAAUGACAUAAAACCAACUGAAAUUAAAGGCCAUAACAAUAAUACAUCCCAAGUCAAUAAUUUUAAUUAUAGCAAUAACUUUAUUAUAAUCAUUAUUGGUGUCGUAGUUGUAACUUUAUUGUUGACGAAAGUUAAUGAAUUAUCUCAAGAGAAUACAACAGAUCAAUCCACUGAAGAAAAGAAAGAAAAAGAAAAAUUGUUACGAUGUAAUGAAAUUAUUAACAACAAGUUACCGGCUAUCGCCACAAACGCAGACAUUUUAUACCAAUUUUGGGAACAGAUUAUUCCAAUUCUCGAAUCACAUAUUGAGGCUCUAGAAUCAGUAAACGGACAGACGGAUAUUAAGUUACCCCAACUUUAUGUAAGAAUAAAAGAAAAAUGGUUAGAAGAAGAAAAUAAUUGCAAAUCAAGUUACUAUGCGUUAAAAAAUAGCGUGGCGAAAAAUGGUCUGAUGUUUAAUGAAACAAAUAAUUCAAAUUAA